GUUAUAGGAAAACGAUGCCAGCUAGCGUCAGCCAACGCUACGUGUGACAUGGGAAGCUGCGGGAGCUAAUAAUAGCAAAUUUGGCUUUACACUCGCUCUUUUUGUUCUCUUAGCUAUACGAAGCUAACAAACUUAACUUUGUAAUUUAACGUGAACGACUUGCACGCGUUAAAGUACGAAUGUCGAAGGCUUAGUUUUAUUUCUUGUUGGUAAGAAAGGAGGGGCACUCGGUGCUUUUUCUUUAGGGAUGAAACACCUUUUCCGAUUGCCUUUGAAUGUCCCGAAAAUGGUUCGAAUCACCCGCCCAGCCGCAACUUUGCUGAAGGCACAACAACACCCAGCGUGUUUGCUGUCGUCCAUCCAGGGAGACAGCAUCUGCAACGGAUCGCAAAGCAAGAAGGCGCUGCUCUCGGACCCGGGGCUGUUCGAUGCCCAGUUCGAGGAGUUGGUGCAGGAGCUGACGGAGCAGGAUCUCACCGACCCAGUUCUCCUCGACGCCCUGAACCGGCUUAAAGAGGUUUUGAUCUACAAUGCCCCCGGAGGUAAAAGGAACCGCGGCCUGUCAGUGAUUGGUUCCUUGCGGGAACUCGUCCCGCCGACUUUGCUCACCCAGGACGACGUGCAGCGGGCUCUAGUGGUUGGAUGGUGUAUUGAAUUGCUUCAGGCCUUCUUCCUUGUCGUCGAUGACAUCAUGGAUGCAUCAGUAACCCGCAGAGGCCAGCCCUGCUGGUACAAAAAGGAGGGCAUUGGCUUAGAUGCCAUCAAUGAUGCCUUCCUCUUGGAGAGCUCCAUUUACAGGCUGCUCCGCAGACACUGCAGGAAUCAGCCUUACUAUGUACACCUACUAGAGCUAUUCAAUGAGACCUCCUUCCAGACAGAACUAGGCCAAGCUCUCGACCUCAUGACAGCACCCCCUGGCCACAUUGACCUCAACAGAUUCACCAUGGAGAGGUACAAAGCUAUUGUGAAAUAUAAGACUGCUUUCUACUCCUUCUACCUGCCGGUGGCAGCAGCGAUGUAUAUGGCUGGAAUCAAGGAUGAAAAAGAGCACCAAAACGCCAAACUCAUCUUGCUUGAGAUGGGAGAAUUCUUCCAAAUACAGGACGACUACCUCGACUGUUACGGAGACCCCGCUGUGACAGGAAAGGUUGGUACGGAUAUCCAAGAUAAUAAGUGCAGUUGGCUUGUCGUCACGGCGAUGGAGGUCCUGACUCCUGAACAGAAAGCAGUGUUAGAGGCUUGUUACGGGCGCCACAACGAGGGCAGCGUGGAAAAGGUCAAAGCGCUAUACAACACCUUACAGAUGCCAAACCUAUAUCACAAGUAUGAAGAGGAGAGUUAUCAGCGGUUGCAGAAGCUCAUCACACGUCACGCUCAGAACCUCCCUCACGCUGUGUUCCUCAACUUUGCCAAAAAGAUUUACAAGAGGAACAAGUGAAGAGGAAAUUUGGACAUUAAAGGACUUCAGUGCUUUAAAUAUUCGAUUCCAUUUUUGGCAUCUUAUUGCAGUAUUUCUAGUCAUUUCACUGCAGAACUAUUAUAACUUAAAGCAAUACACAACGACCUUCACGUGAAAUACGGUUGCUUUGGGUAUUUAAGUAUGCAUAUCGCACAUGUCUAAGACUUCUAAUAACGGGGAACAUGUUUAAUCUAAAAAAAUGACUCCGCUAAUGACUGUAACCAAUGUGUGACACUAUGCUCAUACACUUGAAACAGGCAAAAAUUUACUAAAAAUAAAAUAGGCACACACUCGUUAUAGUUUCUGUACCUGGUCAGUGAUUUGCUGUCUUUCUCCGCCUGAGACUCAAAGCUCGAUUUACUGUCUUAGUCUAAUUAAGCUUGUUCCUCCAUUAGCUGCGACAGUGGAUACCCAAUGCGCGAGUAGUUGGGACGAUAUGAGAUACUUGUAUUUGAUUGGUUAAUAUAGUAGUAGCAUUUAAAAAUGUAUGACAACAGCUAUUUCACCCAAUUAUGGUGAAUAUUGGCUUUCAUUUUUUCCUCACCAAUAUUACACAUUGAAAAAUUUAAUUCUGUGUUUUCACUUUAUUGAACAAGAUUCUUUCCGGAGGGAUGAACAUGAUCAAGGUGUUUUUCUUCCCCCUGGUUUCAGUUAUAAUGUAUAGAGGUAUUCAUUUUGCUCUACUUGACAGCAUGUAUGUAUGAGAGUGACAUGUCCAAGCAGACCUGCUUUCUUAAUUCUGUAUUUUUAUAUUUACUGCUAUAAUGAUUGGUUUUUCAUAGACCUUAAUAAAUAAGAGUGAAUGGUGGAUUUGCCUGACAACAGUGCAGGCAGCGUGGAUUCAA